GCCGGCCGCGGCUGGCCCGGGAUCAGGGAGCCGAUGUGGAAUUUCCUGCCCGGCCCGGCGCCCCUCCUGCCGCCCCCCGCCCGGCCGCGCACUCCGCUUCCGGCCGCUCUCCCUGCGGCCGCACCCGCGCCCGCGCCUGCCCCGCGCCGCAUGGAGGGCGCAGGGCCCCGGGGGGCCGGGCCGGCGCGGCGUCGGCGAGCCGGGGACCCGCGGCUGCUGCUGCUACUCUGGCUGCUGCCCGGCCCCGCGGCGCCCCAGGAGCUGAACCCUCGCGGCCGCAACGUGUGCCGGGCGCCCGGCUCCCAGGAGUCCAUGUGCUGCGCCGGCUGGAGGCAGCAGGGGGAUGAGUGUGGGAUCGCGGUGUGCGAAGGCAACUCUACGUGCUCGGACAACGAGGUGUGUGUGCGGCCGGGCGAGUGCCGCUGCCGCCAUGGCUACUUCGGUGCCAACUGCGACACCAAGUGCCCGCGCCAGUUCUGGGGCCCCGACUGCAAGGAGCUAUGUAUCUGCCACCCUCACGGGCAGUGCGAGGACGUGACCGGCCAGUGUACGUGUCACGCGCGGCGCUGGGGCACACGCUGCGAGCAUGCAUGCCAGUGCCAGCACGGCGCGUGCCACCCGCGGAGCGGCGCGUGUCGUUGUGAGCCUGGCUGGUGGGGCGCGCAGUGCGCCAACGCGUGUUACUGCAGCACCACGUCACGCUGCGACGCACAGACGGGAGCGUGCCUGUGCCACGCAGGCUGGUGGGGCCGCAGCUGCAACAAUCAGUGCGCCUGCAACACGUCGCCGUGCGAGCAGCAGAGCGGCCGCUGCCAGUGCCGGGAGCGCACGUUCGGCGCGCGCUGCGAGCGCUACUGCCAGUGCUUCCGCGGCCGCUGCCACCCUGUGGACGGCACGUGCGCGUGCGAGCCGGGCUACCGCGGCAAGUACUGCCGGGAGCCGUGCCCUGCGGGCUUCUACGGCCUGGGCUGCCGCCGCCGAUGCGGCCAGUGCAAGGGCCAGCAGCCAUGCACGGUGGCCGAGGGCCGCUGCCUGACAUGCGAGCCCGGCUGGAACGGCACCAAGUGUGACCAGCCGUGCGCUGCCGGCUUCUACGGCGAGGGCUGUGGCCACCGGUGCCCGCCGUGUCGCGAUGGGCAUGCCUGCAACCACGUCACCGGCAAGUGCACGCGCUGCAACGCGGGCUGGAUCGGCGACCGGUGCGAGACCAAGUGCAGCAAUGGCACUUACGGCGAGGACUGCGCAUUUGUGUGCGCCGACUGCGGCAGCGGCCACUGCGACUUUCAGUCGGGACGUUGCCUGUGCAGCCCCGGCGUCCACGGGCCCCACUGUAAUCUGACGUGCCCGCCUGGGCUCCACGGCGUGGAUUGCGCCCAGCCCUGCAACUGCCACGAGGACUCGUGCGACCCGGUCACCGGUGCCUGCCGCCUGGAGACCAACCAGCGCAAAGGCGUGAUGGGUGCGGGCGCGCUGCUUGCGCUGCUCCUCGGCCUGCUGCUCUCGCUGCUCGGCUGCUGCUGCGCCUGCCGCGGCAAGGACCCGGCACGCCGGGAGCUCUCGCUCGGGAGGAAGAAGGCUCCGCAACGGCUGUGCGGGCGCUUCAGCCGCAUCAGUAUGAAGCUGCCGCGCAUCCCGCUCCGCAGGCAGAAGCUGCCCAAGGUCGUAGUAGCUCAUCACGACCUGGAUAACACACUCAGCUGCAGCUUCCUGGAGCCACCCUCUGGCCUGGAACAGCCCUCGCCAUCGUGGUCCUCCCGUGCCUCCUUCUCUUCCUUUGACACCACCGAUGAAGGCCCUGUGUACUGUGUACCCCACGAGGAGGCGGCAUCUGAGAGCCGGGAUGCGGAGGCCCCUAUCGCCCCUGCCGAGGCGCUGGCGUCAUCCCCUGCACUGGUAACCAUGCCAGCGCCCACGGAGGAGACUACGCCGCUCCGCGCGUCUUCCGACAGCGAGCGGUCGGCAUCGAGCGUGGAGGGCCCUGGCGGGGCGCUGUAUGCGCGUGUGGCCCGGCGCGAGGCCCGGCCGGUCCGGGCCCGGGGCGAGGCUGGAGGCCUGUCGCUUUCGCCAUCGCCCGAGAACAGAAAGCCACCGCCACCGGACCCUGCCACCAAGCCCAAGGUGUCCUGGAUCCACGGCAAGCACGGUGCCGCCGCCCGUGCACCCUCGCCGCCACCCGCGGGCACCGAGGCCGCGCCCAGCCCCAGCAAGAGGAAACGGACGCCCAGUGACAUGUCCGCCCGGCCAGAAGAACCAGGCAGUCCCCGGGCCCGUGACCCGACGCCGAGGCCCUCGGGGCUGGCCGAGGAGGGGCCAGCCUUCGCCGCACCCUCGCCACCUCGAGCUCGGGCGCGGGGCCGCGGCCUUGGCCUCUCGGAGCCCACGGACGCUGGUGGUCCACCGCGCAGCGCGCCCGAGGCCGCCUCCAUGCUGGCCGCCGAGCUGCGCGACAAGACUCGCAGCCUGGGUCGCGCCGAGGGGACCCCGGGCGCGCAGGUCUCCCGGGAGAAGCCGGCGCCGCCGCAGAAGGCCAAGCGCUCGGUACUGCCCGCCUCGCCAGCCCGCGCGCCCCCCGCGCUCGAGGCCCCGGGGCCUGAGAAGGCAGCGGCCGGCGUGCCGGUGCCCGACACCCCCCGGAAGAAGACCCCCAUUCAAAAGCCGCCGCGCAAGAAGAGCCGGGAAGUGGCGGGCGAGCUGGGCAGGGUGGGCAUGCCCACCCUGUAGCAGGCGCCGGCCCGGCUGUGCCCGCAGAUCCCCCGGCUUAGCAGCGCUGCUUGCCACCCCACGCUCCGCACCCGCCGAGCGUCGCCCGCAGCGACAGGGCACGGCGCCUCCUGGGAACCCGGCCCAGAGCGUGGGGGGCAGUGUGUCUCACUGGCUCGGGCCAGCGGCGGCUCCUUGAUUGGAGAACCGUGCCCGGGCGGGAAGGCCGCUUCCCAUUUGCCGAGGCCUGACGGGUGCUUAGCUGGCGACCCCCUCCCAUGCCUGUUCUUGGGGGCUCAGGCCAGCGGGGUCUCAGAGGCAGAGGACCUGAGGGUUCUGCGUGGAGUCCACAUCUUACUGGCCCAGAGGGCCCUUGGCUGGGGCUCCCUUCUCAUUGGCUGAGACCAGAAGCACUUCCGCCCUGGCUGCCUCUCAUUGGCCGGGGCCUGGCGCCUGUGGCUGGAGGCUCCUUUCCUUGACCUUAGCCUAAGGUUGUUUCCACUGGCUGGGCCCUGGGGCAUCUGGUUGACCAGAGCCUGGGGAGGAGGGCUGGUCUCUGCUCCUCAGGAGACUAGGCCCAUCCCACCCCUUCCCCCUUCCCUCCGUGUGCCCCCAGCUCCUGGCUUCCCCUGCCCUGGCCCCUCAGCUGUCAAGCUGGUUUUGAUGGCCUCCCCCACCCCACACGCCGUGGGAACCCGAGGGGUGACUUCAGUGGCCUGAGAUGUAUUUAUAGGCCCCCGGCAGGGCUGCUCCCACCCCAUCCCAGUGCCCAGGAUGGGCCCCUCUCAGCAGGGGCUCUGCCAAAGCUUUCUAAAUAAAGUGCCUUCCCCCCCUGUG